CUUUUCUGAUUGCUUGCCCCGCCCUAAUUAGUUUCACCUGUGUCCUAUUGUCCUCCCCUCGCUCGUGUAUUGAAGUCUCUGUGUUCAAUGCCUCAUGUUUCUCUGUGGAUUUUUCUACCUACGUUGGUUUUUUCUGUUUUGUUUCCUGGUUUAGCUCCUCAGUUUUCCUUGUGUUUGUUUUCCUGCCCCCUGUAUCCCUUGAUUCCUUUCCGCCAUCUUGUUCACCUGAAUGCCUUGAAUGCCAAAAUACCCUUAAAGAACAGAACCAAGUCUGUGUUGCACUCUCCCUCGGCACACUCCACAGCAGCAUCCAGAAUCAUAUCACAAAUGAAAGUAUCUGAGGAUCAUACCACAAAGAAAUAGAUGUGAUCAUGGUCUUCUGGGUGCUCUGUAUUGUGCAUGCGGAAGGCAGCGUCAACGUGGCUGAUGUGAUGGAAGGACUCACUGGAGAGGUUCUUAAGGAGGAGUGACUGCCCAACACCAGAGCAAUAAAAAUGAUGCUUAGCCCGGACCAGGCGGAGGCGGACCUCUCCUGGACUCAGUCCGACCCGGAGACGAUGCUCAACGGCCUCAAGUCGGCCGGCUGCGCCUCGGACGAGCCGGCGGAGGGCGAGGACAGGGCCAAAUGCAAAGCCGAGCAGCCCCUGAGCAGGGAGGAGAAGAGGAGGAGGCGGAGAGCCACGGCCAAGUACCGCUCGGCCCACGCCACCAGAGAGCGCAUCCGGGUGGAGGCGUUCAACGUGGCCUUCGCGGAGCUGAGGAAAUUACUCCCCACCUUGCCCCCUGACAAAAAACUCUCCAAGAUCGAGAUCCUCAGACUGGCUAUAUGCUACAUCUCCUAUCUUAAUCACGUGUUGGAUGUCUAA